AUGUUCCCUAUGUACCGCCAGAUGAUGUCGCAGGCGACCCGUCGCAUGCAGGCUCAAGGUGCUCGUGGCUACGCUAGUGCCUCGGGUGACUUCGCCAAGAACAUGACGCAGCGUGCGCAGGCUCUUGGUACAUCUGUAUUCCAGGCUGCUGAACGUGCGCUUGGGUCGUAUGCUGAACCGAUCAUCUACAACUUGCGCGUCGCUGGCUCGCUUGCGAAGCAAGUGUACAUUGCAGAGAAGCUCGCUCCGCCGACUAGCGUCAGUCAAGUUACAUCUGCCUACCAGCAGAUCUGGUCAUCCAUUUCCAAGGCUUCAUGGUGGACACACUCCCUCCCUGCUGGUGAAUGGCGCAAGAUUGCUGUGUAUGGCGUCGAGGCCGUCGGUAUCUUUUCUAUCGGUGAAAUUAUCGGCAAGCGCAGUCUUGUUGGAUACAAGAUCAAGGAGCACGCCGGUGCCCACGGUCACCACCACUAA